AUGUGGGACCACGAAGUUCGGGACUUGUUUCCUUACAAUGUAAGGAAAGAAGUCAACAACACUCCCCCACCUAUCGCCUCGACCCCUGGCUUGACCCUGGCUGGGUCAUCGCAUCGACCCCGCCUCAGCUUUGAUGAUGUUCCAGUUGGGGCAGCACAGUGGCACAGUGUUCGAAUCCCAGAUCGUGCGGGCGAGCAGAGGAAAGAACCGGCUCGGCUGAGUGAGACUGGGACUGAGCCAGAGGGAAGGUGUGAACUGGGUCUGAUCCAGGCAGUGGCUGGAGUCUUGCUUCUGUCUCUGGUUAUCGGGUUGGUCUACGUGUCCCAGUUCUACAACUUCUGGAAAAUAUCUGAACAUGGCCAGCUCAGUGCCUCCCGUCCAGCGCCUCCCGUCCAGCGCCUCCCGUUCCAGCGCCUCCCGUCCAGCGCCUCCCGUCCAGCGCCUCCCGUCCAGCGCCUCCCGUUCCAGCGCCUCCCGUCCAGCGCCUCCCGUCCAGCGCCUCCCGUCCAGCGCCUCCCGUCCAGCGCCUCCCGUCCAGCGCCUCCCGUCCAGCGCCUCCUGUCCAGCGCCUCCCGUCCAGCGCCUCCCGUCCAGCGCCUCCCGUCCAGCGCCUCCCGUCCAGCGCCUCCUGUCCAGCGCGUCUUCAAGCUUUUGGUGCUGGACGCUCUCAGACCCCCAGCUGCACUCAGACCCCCAGCUGACCUCAGACCCCCAGCUGCAUUCAGACCCCCAGCUGCACUCAGACCCCCAGCUGAAAUCAGGCCCCCAACUGCACCCUCUGACCCGCCUGACCUCUCCUUACCUCCUUCAACCUCCCCCUUACCUCCCCUUACCUCCUUCAACCUCCCCUACCUCCUUCAACCUCCUCCUUACCUCCCCUACCUCCUUCAACCUCCCCCUUACCUCCCCUACCUCCUUCAACCUCCCCCUUACCUCCCCUACCUCCUUCAACCUCCCCCUUAUCUCCCCUACCUCCUUCAACCUCCCCCUUACCUCCCCUACCUCCUUCAACCUCCCCCUUACCUCCCCUACCUCCUUCAACCUCCCCCUUAUCUCCCCUACCUCCUUCAACCUCCCCCUUACCUCCCCUACCUCCUUCAACCUCCCCCUUACCUCCCCUACCUCCUUCAACCUCCCCCUUACCUCCCCUACCUCCUUCAACCUCCCCCUUACCUCUCCUACCUCCUUCAACCUCCCCCUUACCUCCCCUACCUCCUUCAACCUCCUCCUUACCUCCCCUACCUCCUUCAACCUCCCCCUUACCUCCCCUACCUCCUUCAACCUCCUCCUUACCUCCCCUACCUCCUUCAACCUCCUCCUUACCUCCCCUACCUCCUUCAACCUCCCCCUUACCUCCCCUACCUCCUUCAACCUCCCCCUUACCUCCCCUACCUCCUUCAACCUCCUCCUUACCUCCCCUACCUCCUUCAACCUCCCCCUUACCUCCACUACCUCCUUCAACCUCCUCCUUACCUCCCCUACCUCCUUCAACCUCCCCCUUACCUCCCCUACCUCCUUCAACCUCCUCCUUACCUCCCCUACCUCCUUCAACCUCCCCUUACCUCCCCUACCUCCUUCAACCUCCUCCUUACCUCCCCUACCUCCUUCAACCUCCCCCUUAUCUCCCCUACCUCCUUCAACCUCCUUACCUCCUUCAAAAGACUGAUGUUCUUGUUGUCAGGCGCAACGACGUCGUCACAGUAA